AUGUCUGUCAGCAUUGAGGAGGCUCAACCUGCUGCCCGAGUGGUCGUCAUCGUUGGUCAAGGGUUAGUACAUUUAGGGAUCCAGACCGACCUCGACCUCGACACGCUGGGUGACGACGAAGUAGCCGAUGUCAUACCGGACCUGUUGGCAGAUUACUCGGCUGAGUGCAGAGAUUGGACCCUCAUAGCUGGCGAGCACUGGAGGAGGUCAAGAUGGUCCAGAGCGGAGGAUCUCUUGCAGAAAGGCAUUCAUUUCUUUACAGGCGGUGUUGGAAGACCUACAGAUCAUAUGGCAUUGGUCAACCUGCAUGCUAUGCUUGCGCAUCUUCACCUAGCCCUCUCUCGGACUGCUCCAAAGGUCUCUUUGCCCCAUGCCAAAUACGACAAAUUACCUUCCAACGUCAAAGUCAAGGAAGAUCACUUUACCGAGGCUGCCGCCAACUUGAACAAGGCUGAUCAAGCUUUAAUGGCAUCUGGAGCGGGACCGGACGAUGAGCCAAUAGCUGUUCCUAUGGGCAAAAUCAUAUUAUAUCUCGCAAGAGGACAACCGGGCACCGCACAGCCUAUGGUCGAACGUCUUCUUCGACGACAACCCAAUAAUCUGGUGGCUCUGACCGCUCAUGCUCGUCUGCAAUUCGCUCGACGAGCUCACGAACAAGCUCUACAAACGUAUCAAAAACUCCUUAGCUUGGAUCCUGAGAUGCGUCCCGAUCCCAGAAUCGGCAUUGGACUUUGUCUAUGGAUGCUGGGUGACAAACAAAAAGCUAGGCUUGCUUGGGAACGAGCUCUGCAGCGAGAUCCUUCAUCAUGGACGUGUAUGCUGCUCACUGGAUUUGCGGCACUCAACACGGCUCGAGAACCAGCGACGGCCGAAGACGACCGAGCCCAACUCAUCGCGGAGGGUGUGGCAUACGUCCAAUCUGCUUUCAAGCUCAACAACAAAAAUGCUGCCGCAGCACUGACCUUAGCCAGCGUAUCCGGGCAAAACGGUCAAACGGCAGUAGCGUCCAAACUAGCAGAAAGAGCAAUCCAGUAUGCGGACAACAAACGACACGCUGUACUCGCCAAUACCGAACGAGGAAGAAUGGGUUUCAUCAUGCAAGAUCUAGUAGAUGCUACACCUUUCCUGACAGCUGCUCGUCAAGACGAUGGAGGAGUACCCAAUAUUCUUGCUGAUCUCACUCUGGCGCAAAUCGCCAUACAAGGAGGAAAUCUUCGAGAAGCUCUCAACUUCAUGGACGGUCUCACUCCUAGACUAGUUGGUAAAGGUCCUAUGGAAUACGUGGUCAUGCACGCCUCCCUCCUCGCUUAUCCUCAUCCUGGAAUGUCGUCCGCCGAACUCGCCAGCAACCGGUCCAAAGCCCGAGCCAUGCUCACUGAGCUACAUUCGGUGAUCCAGUCCGCUGAGACAGACGAGGACAUGGCGAAAGUUCGACACAUCGCCGACGACACGGAUGUCUUUCUUGAUCUCGCUAAGAUGUGGCAGAAGGAAAGUCUGGAGAAGGCUAUAGGAGCUUACCAGACUGCCGUGUCUGGUAGAGUCGAGACGAUCGUCGACGAAGGAGGUGAGGUCGAAGUAGAUCAGAGGGCUGUGAAAAUGUCGAGCAAUUUAGGGGCGCUAUAUCAAUUGCAAGGGAACGCCGAUACGGCUGAGAGGAUGUACCAGGAAGCUUUGCAGAGAUUGGGCAAUGAAGCAGGGAAAGAAGCCGAGGAAAUGAGGACUAUAUUGGCGUUCAACUUAGGAAGAGCGUAUGAAGAGGCUGGAGAGACCACAAAGGCUUCACAGUGGUACAGAGACGUUCUGCGGCAACAUCCCGAACAUAUGGAGUCCAAAGUGCGACUGGCUUGUAUUGCCGCUGCUGCCGGACGUAACUUUGAUGCUCAUACCCUCCUGAAAGAAUGUCUCAAGUCGGACGAAUCAAACAUCACCCUCCGAUCCACUUACACACACUUCCUCAUCUCUCUUGGAUCUCUCAAAGAAGCCCUCGCAUUCACUUCUCAAACACUCAAACUCGAACGAGCAGACGUCUUCACUUACUGCGCUCUGGGAUGGAUCCACUUCACCCUAGGUCGAGAGGCCAAAUCGACGUCCGAAUUGGCAGAACGUACGAAACAAUAUCUCCGUUCUGCCGAAGCGUACGAACGUGCCUUGACACUGGAUCCUGCUUGUGCUAUGGCGGCUCAAGGUCUGGCGAUAGCUUUGGCAGAGGAUACAUUGGCUCUGAAACCACUCGGUGCGGCAGUGGGGACGGCUGAAGAGAUGAAAGCCCGUAUGAGAUUAGCUGGACAAGCAUUGGGAGUGUUCAGUAGAAUAGCGGAUAGUAUACAAGAAGGAAGCGUUCAUGUCAAUAUCGGACAUUCCUUCUUUGUUAGGGGAGAAGAGGAUAAGGCUAUACAGUCUUACGAAGCUGCUGAUAAUCACCACAAAGGCAGAAACGUGCCGGUACUUCUGUAUCUCGCAAGAGCGUGGUAUGCUUAUGCUAAUCGGGAAUCCAACUUUUCUGCCAUGUCCAAAGCUUUGUCGUUCUGUCAACGUGCUAUGCAUAUCCAACCUAACGAUCGAGCCAUAUUAUAUAAUAUUGCUAUGAUACAACAGAAGGCGGCGGAGAUGCUGUUUGGGCUUGAACCCAGUAAGAGGACUUUGGAAGAGCUUCAUGUGGCAUUACGGCAAGCUCAACAGGCUGCGAACACCUUCCGAGCGCUUGCCGAAGACCGCGGCGCAUUACCCUAUGACCCCGAUCUUGCCGAUCAGCGUGCACGUUAUGGUGACACUCUUCUUCGUCGUGCCCCCGAUCAACUUUCACGACAAGAAUCUUUCGAAGCGGAAGCUCAAGCCCGGGUUCAAGAAGCCCGUCGUAUACGUGCAGAAGAACAAGCCCGUAUACAAGCCGCAGAAGCGGCUCGUCGUGCCGAGAUCGAAGCUAAAGCUGCUGAACUAGCCGAGCAACGACGUAAAGAGAGAGAAGAAGCUCACGCUUGGCAAGAAGAAAUGAACGUUCGUGAGAUGGAGGAAAGGGCCAAGAAAGCUGCAGCUGCUGAUAAGAAGAAACGAAAGAAAGAUAAUGGUGAUAGUGGUGAUGAGGGUUUAGGGGGGAAGAAACGGAAAGGAAAGAAAGGUAGAAAAGUCAGGAGUAAGAGCGAGAUCUUGAGUGAUGAGGAAGAUCUAGUUUAUGAGAAUAGGGAUAAUAUGGAGGUUGAUCAGGCUGGUAGUGAGGUUGAAGAAGAGGAUUCAAAGGACAAAGCUAGAGGGGCUUUGGAAGCUUUGAGAGCGAAGAGAAAGAAGAAAGUCGAGGAAGAACCUAGAAGAGGGAAGAGCUUUAAAUCGAAAGAAUACAUCGAGGACUCUGAAGAUGAAGAGGAAGGAGAUGAAGAGAGGAAAGGGAGUGUUUCUAUCAAUGGCGUCACGGAGGGUGAACAAGAUGAGAAUGAAGAAGGUGAUGGAGGUGAGACAGAUCUUGGGGAUCCUAUGGGAGAUGUUGAACUGGGUGAAUUAGCUCAGGCAGUUGUAAAAGCAGGAGAGGAAGAUUGA